UUCGCAAUGACUUCCAAACACAUCGAAAGUGAUACGACAGUGUUACACUUACAAGCGCAAGGACAGGAUGAUUCCGUAAGGAUUCCAUUUCGCCCGUCGCCUUGUAAGGUAGCAGAUAUGGAGAUAGAGACAUUCGCGCCAAAAUUUACUGAAAAUCCCCACGCGGUCGAACAUGAGGAUGAAUAUCCGAGAACCGGUUCCGAUCCCGGCUUGGUGGUCAUUUUCAAUCAGCAAACCUUUGGUGACGACGACGAAAUGGCGAGGCGGGGAACGAAUCGGGACGUGAACGAACUUAUUCUCACCUUUGGCCGUUUGGGUUAUAACAUUGAGGAGCGCUACAUCUACAACAACUUGAAGAGAUUCGAAAUUCUGGAGGCGAUUAAAGAGUUGUCCUCCACAGACCACUCGGACCGAAAUUGUUUAAUAAUCAUCGUCUUGACGCACGGCGAAGUCAACAACGUGCUUCAGGUCGAGGACGGGCUAAUGGAAACUUCCGAAUUUUGGACGCCAUUCUCCAACACCUCGUGCCUUUCGUUUUCUAGCAAGCCAAAGUUCUUCGUCUUCCAAGCGUGCAAGGGCAACCAAAACUCCCGAAGUGGCGAGUUGACUGUACCGGUAAUUCCCGCGGGAACUUACCGAACGCCGCUGGAAACCGAUUUUCUGAUCGCCUUUGCGGCCGUCGAAGGUACCAGAUCGUACAGGCACACCCUCCUCGGCUCGUGGUUCAUACAGGAGCUCUGCAGGAACUUUAACGCGCACGGACGGCGCGAUGACGUCAUCAGUUUGCUUUUGAGAAUCACCAAGUGCGUCGCCUACAACCAUUAUCAUGUGGCCAAGGAUAAUGGAAGAAAGGUGAUCGUAAAGCAGAUGCCGUUGCUGCUCUCCACGCUGACAAAGAAAUUUUACUUGUGCAAGAGCAAGGAUAGGAACUUACUGCUUCAGCUGAAGAAGAAGCAAGAAGAAAUGUUGGAGCUGUUGGCAGAGGCAUUAAAAUCCACGUAAUGGAGCUUUUGCUCUUAUUUAAUUUUUAGAAAUCGGCAUUUUAGAAAAGAUUACAAAAUUCAAAAAACCGCACUUUCUGAAUGUAAACACAGCAGAAUAAUUUACAA